CGUACAACUUAUCAGGCAAAACAUGAGCUGGAUUGCAACACAACAUGCAGAUUCAUCUCCAACUAAUCAAGCUUUCCAAGCGGACUCUCCACAUGUCCCCUUUCCCUGUCGGGAGGCAGCACCUUUAAAGCCGAAGCUCACCUGAGAUCAGACCACACCCUGACGCGCACACGGACAGCAUGGACUCGCUCAGCGUGCCGCAGUCUGGUUCUCCCAGAAACAAACAACUUGAGGUUCACAAUGGAAGCACGGAGUUUGAGAAGAGUACUGCACAUUCCACGUUGGCUCUAAUCGAUGAUGAAGCGCAGAACGACGACCCCUGGAACUUACCUGAGCUCCAGGACACGGGGGUUCCGUGGUCAGCGCUGGACACCAAAGGAAAGGUGCUGAGGGUGUUGGAGGCCGUGGGGAAAAUAGUCCUGCUGGUAGCUUUCCUCUACAUGUUCAUCUGCUCCCUUGACAUCCUGAGCUCGGCCUUCCAGCUGGUUGGAGGCAAGGCAGCUGGAGACAUCUUCCAGGACAAUGCCGUUCUGACCAACCCUCUGGCCGGCCUGGUUAUCGGCGUCCUGGUCACCUUGCUGGUCCAAAGCUCGUCCACGUCCUCCUCCAUCGUGGUCAGCAUGGUGUCUUCAGGAUUGCUGACGGUGCAGCUGGCGGUGCCGAUCAUCAUGGGCACCAACAUUGGCACCUCAGUCACCAACACGCUGGUCGCCAUGACCCAGGCUGGCGACCGCAGCGUCUUUCGCAGAGCAUUUGCCGGGGCCACCGUGCACGACUUCUUCAACUGGCUGUCUGUGCUGGUGCUGCUGCCCCUGGAGGUGGCCACUGGCUACCUGUACGAAGUCACCAAGCUCAUCAUCACCUCCUUCAACAUCCAGAGUGGAGAGGCUCCAGAUCUGUUGAACGUCAUCACCGACCCGCUCACCGACGCUAUCAUCAUGCUGGAUAAGGAUGUUAUAAGCAUGAUAGCCACUGGAGACCCCGCUGCCCGCAACAUGAGUCUCAUCAAGAGGUGGUGCAAAACCUUCACCAACACGACGUUGACGAACGUCACGGUUCCUGGUCCAGACAACUGCACCUCGCCAUCCUUCUGCUGGACUCAAGACAACGUGACCACCACUCUCAAAAACGUGUCACGACCAGUCAACAUUGAGAAAUGUACUCAUCUGUUUGUCAAUAUCAAUCUGUCCGACAUGGCGGCUGGCUUGAUCCUCCUGGCACUGUCUCUGCUGGUCCUCUGCACCUGCUUGAUCCUCAUUGUCAAGCUUCUCAACUCCAUGCUCAAGGGACAAGUGGCCACCGUCAUCAAGAAAAUCCUCAACACUGAUUUCCCCUUUCCAUUCGGCUGGGUCACCGGCUACCUUGCCAUCCUUGUUGGCGCCGGAAUGACAUUCGUGGUUCAGAGCAGCUCUGUUUUCACCUCAGCGAUCACUCCACUUGUUGGUAUUGGUGUCAUCAGCAUACAGAGAGCGUACCCGCUGUCGCUGGGCUCAAAUAUUGGCACAACCACCACUGCUAUUUUGGCAGCCAUGGCCAGUCCCCCGGACACGCUUGAGAACUCUCUGCAGAUUGCCCUUGUCCACUUCCUGUUCAACAUUUCGGGGAUCAUUCUGUGGUACCCCAUCCCCUUCACUCGAAUCCCCAUCAGGCUGGCUAAAGCCCUGGGCAACAUCACUGCCUCCUAUCGCUGGUUUGCAGUGGUCUACAUCGUCUGCUGCUUCUUCAUCCUGCCGCUCUUCGUGUUCAGCCUCUCUCUGGCCGGAUGGAAGGUUCUGGUCGGUGUCGGGGUGCCGCUGCUGGUCCUGUUGAUCAUCAUCAUCGUGGUCAACGUCCUGCAGAAGAAAAAGCCCGGCUGUCUCCCCGCGCCUCUACGGACCUGGGACUUCCUCCCUCUGUGGGCUCACUCUCUGGAGCCCUGGGACAAAGUGGUGGGCAUGUGCACCGCCAAGUGUUGCUGCUGCUGCAAAUGCUGCCAAACUGUUGAGGCGCAGCCGGACACUGAUUCUCUGGGGAAGAACAGGAAACACUCGGCGGUGUAUGACAACCACGCCAUGAGUGAUGACGACAAAGAGGUGGAUUUGAAUGAAAUUAAAAUGACCCAUCUUUGAUAGAAUGCCGCCGAUACUGACACUUUCUUUUAUUUAUUAUCUCAUGACAGCUGUCAUUGCUCGCGUUUUGCACUUCAAUCAGGAUGUAGAAAAUGUUGACACCUAGUUUAACUGAAAAAGUCUUGUGUAAAGUGUAAUCUAUGCUUGAUUUAAGUUAUUGAAAAGUGCUAAAAUUCAAAGGUGGCAUUUUCAACACAUCACUGGGCUCACUUCUGUUGGGUUAUGAAUGUCCACAUGGAUUGAAGGUUAGCGCACUACUUCCCCUUUUGUAUAUACACGUACUUGUCAACUGUGUGAAAAGGACACAGCAGCCGCUAUAACGCAUCGUU